AUGGCAGCCAUACGGGCGCGGGCGCAGCCAGUCAUUGGAUCCUCACAGUGGAUACAAGAUGAGAAUGCCCAGGUAUCGCUGUUUUGUGGCCAGGAAGCUGAGGAUUUCGUGUUCUCAGCACGGAAUGAGGUCGAAUGGCUAAACGAGCAUAUGGCUGAGAUAUUUAGCAAGGACCAAGUUAAUGUUACAGACGUAUUCAAAACCCCGGGGAAACUCAGAGGCAAAACACCGAGGACGACAAGAAAGCGAAAUCCAUUGGAGGCAAGAGAGCCUCUUUCUGAUAUUUUCUCGUCCAAUGCGCAAACAAAGCCGCUCUUCGCUCAGCACCCAAGCCCAACGAAAGCUGCUGCGUUUACAGUUGCUGAAGAUGCUCCAGUUCGCAAUCCUGAGUCCAAGACGGGAAAAACAGCCGCAGAUUCGGGGUAUCAUGGGCUAUCUGAAGAUGAAAUGGAUGUUGAUCCUCCAAACAUGCAAUCGUCCACCGGGACGCAUGAUACUCUUGACGACUUUCCUCAUUCACCUUCGCAGCCAAAAGAAUCUGCAGAGACUUCCUCCAUAGGAAGGAGUACUACUGAAAGAUCAUUUCAUUCUGCAAAGGAGGACUUAACGAAAAAGGACGUGACGAACGACGAUGCGGUCGUGAAAGCAAAACAGACUAUACCGCUAACUGCACAACAAUCGGUCCAUUCUGAUGGAGAGGUAGCUAAACAAGACACCAUGGACGUUGAAGUACCGGAGAUGGGUGCGAAUGAAAACGAGAUACUUGAUGAGUCCCGAACAUCCUCUCAAACUUCAAGUCCAGAAAAGCCUUUAGUCCGGAAAAGCAGUCUUUCAUUUGCAGCAUUACCAGCGAGGGAGCCCAUUAACACCAAAAAGAGUUUCGGAAACCCUACCUCACGGACUAGUCAUGUGGAGCAAAACAAAGGCACGAACCACCGAAGUACGUUCCUGGAAAGACUUACAGGAGGAAAGUCCCUUGGGGGUGUGAAACAAACCGAUGCAGCUGAGUUAAACGACGAAAGUUCCGGUGGGGAGGCGGCUGUCGAAAGACCACAAAGCUCCAGGGAAGAGUCUGACAGUGACUCAAGGAUGGCUAAGCUGCACAACAAAUCGUCUACCCAGCGUCUUCACGAAAGAAUUAAUAUGCUCGGUCAAUUGCAACCUCCUCGGCCAACGAAAUCUAUUCCUGCUGCUGUAUCGACUGUACAGCCUCAGUAUCCUGAUCUGAAAAAGUUGGAUCAACAAAAGCACGAGCUGCAUGUUGCCUCUCAAUUUAAUGCUGUCCGAAUCAGUGAUCAUGAGGAUGACGAUUGGAUUCAACCUCCACAAACGACCCAUGCAGCUGCGACAAGACCGCAGUCUACUAGGAGAAUAUCAAUGGACGUAAUGGAAAACAUCAGGGGAAAGGAAACUAUUGCACAUCAACAUUUCAAUAUAGAGGAAAACGAACGCGCAGGCAAACUAUCACCUGGUCAACAACACAGUUCAAAAAGUCCAUCCAGACGUGCUCGAUCGGCUUCAGAGAGUAAGUCUCCUACGCAGACCCUUAGCCAAGCACAAGGAGAAAACCAGCCUGUCGCCGAUCCUCUAGUCAUGAGCGAAAUGGAGAAUGCCUUGAGUCCUAUGUCAAGCCCUCCCGUUGAACGGCAUGUGGACGGACCUCUGAGCGCAUCGAAGAUGAAGCUUCAGUCCAUCAUGAAGUCGGCGAGAGGUUUAUUUUCAAGUAGUGCUGGUGUGUCGGCACAAGCCAAGAUGGAGACAGCUUCUCCAGCUAUACCCGCUGGCGGAGAGACCGGAAACGAUGCUUUCAAUCCUGCAGCUGAUGACGCUGCAGCUGAGCGUCGGAAGAAGGAAGAAAUGAUUGCACAGAAACCCGCCCCUUCACAAUCUAAUACGUUAAUUAACGAACCGAGAAAAACUAGAAGUUCUACAGAAAAAGAAGCUCGUAACAAGGAGAAAGAAGCUGUCGCGCGAAUGCAAGUACAACAAGAAAAGGAAAGGGUGAAGCAGCAAGAAAAUGAUAUUAAGGAGCAGGCGAAACCGAAGGCUGAGUUAAAAGAACAAUCUCAGACUCAAUCAAAGAUCACCCGGCAAAGCCCAAGAAAAGUACAGUCGGAACAGCCAAUCAAUGAAACUGAAGGGAACCCACAGUCCUCAGAUUCAGCUACCCUUUCUCAUAACAGAAUGUCGCAGGCUCAAAAACUGAAGGACGUUCGUCGACCCGGCAAGCUUACGAAAGAUGCGGCCGCGCAACCCAAAGCACCCCCAGUAAAUAUCAGGAUAGGUAUGCCCUCACGACGAGUACCACUUACCGGUGCUGCACCCUCCACAAACCCUACGGAUCCACUGUCUUCUACCCAAGCGCAAAUGAAGCACCCAGGAUUAGUCAAAAAGAAUAGUAAUGCGUCUAUGCAAAGCACUGUUUCACAUAAUAGUGUCAAAGGCAGUGCACCCACGGGCAAACCCAAAGCCCUGAUCGCUGCUGAAAGAAAGAAGGAACAAGAUUUGAAGGAAGCCCAACGGAAGCUUGACCAGAAGAGAGAGAUUGAGCGCAAGAGAGCAGCACAACAAGAAGAGACUCGACGGCAGGAGCAGAUGCAGAGACAAGAAGCUGAGCGACAGCGAGAGAGAGAGCGUGCUGCUGCUGCUGAAGACCCAAAGAAAAUCGCACAACGGCAAGCGAUCGAGAAAAGGCGGCAGGAGAUGCAGAAGAAGGACCAGCGAACUGUAGGCAAACCGAUCAAUGAACAUGCCUCUGCUACAACAAAUCAAGGUCGUAUUGCUCCGACGAGUCGUCCUGAACUAGGUGGUGGGAGACCACCUUCGAGGCAAGCGACCACUUUCGAGCACCCCAAAGCUACGACGACUCACCAUCCUAUCAAUCGGUCUAAAGCCCCGAUCAAAAGGGUUUUCGAUCCAGAAAAUGACGGUGCACCUGCGAGGUCCGCCAAAGCCAGUGUCGGUCCGACCUACCAGCAACACGAUAACAAACGAAGGAAAACGGAAGACGAUGAGCCUGAAGAGUUCCCUAUGCGACCAACCAUGCAGCCACCAAUCCGACAAUCUGGCAUACGCAAAGAUGCCCAGAAGGUGUCAUUAUUCAACCACAAUCACACUAAUGCUGCUGCUCCACCCAAUCUUCACCACCCUCCUGCUAACUCACUUCUCAAACAUACUACUUCGAAUCAAGCAUAUCAACAGCACAUGCUCCAAAAUCAACAGCAGCGCCAAGCCUACCAUCCAGAUACAGCCAAAUAUCGAGACGGUAAUCGGAUACCGUUUGCAGACAACCCGAACCCGCCUCAUCAUCAACAUGUUCAUCAACCCCAGCCCUUCAAGACCCCGUUACCACACAAACUUCCACAGCCAUCUCGGCAAUCCCCUCAAUUCCCCAACCCCGAGAACAUCCAGCUAGCAGAUAUCGCAACAGACUCUGAAGAUUCGGAGAGCAGUCCCGAUACCGCGCAGAAACGCCAGAAAGCAGCUAGUCUACCCGAAUGGGCCCAAUCGCCCAACCUUCGCCAACUAUUGGAGGAUCAAGAGGAGAUGCUCGACGCUGAUGCAGUGUUCGGCCCUGUACCGAGUCCGCGUAUCGAGGAGAUGUUCCGAGAGCGAGCCCAUAAGUUUAGGAACAGGACAUCGUCUGCUAACUGGGCUGGUUCGGAUCGCUUGACGGAGGAAGAGAUACGUCGAGAUGUGGAAGCUAGGGCGCGCAUCAGGAGGGAUCGAGGCUGGACGUAUGGCGGCGCUUGA